AUGUGCGAGCGGGCGUUCGAGGGCCAGUAUGGGUUUUAUAAAUCGUCAGACCCUUCAUUCAUCAAAUAUCUACUUCACCAAAAAAAUAAAUUCAUGAGAUCAGGAUACAUCCUCAAAGCCGCAGCGAUCACCAAAUACAUCAAUAAACUAAUCAUCAACUUCAAUUCAAAAACUUUCACUAAUAGUAAGCGUGGAAGCAAAGCCAUGUGGGAACAAGUCAACAAUAUUAGAUGCUCUGACAAAUCAUUCAACAUGUCAACCUCACAACAAGUUGAUGCCAACACACUCAACACCCACUUUACAUCCAUGUCAACCGACCCGUCCUACAAAACUCCACCAACAAAAGCAACAGCAAUCAAUAGACGUCAACAUCAACAAUUUACCUCAUACUCCGUCCUGCUCGCUCAUGCUAACGAAGGUCGAAGCCAUAGAAAAGCCAAAAGUGCAUCAACCAACUCUUUUUUUGAUUGUAAACUUUCAGCAAAAUCCAUAUCCGAAGAACCACUCAAGAAUCAAUUAGGCAGUCUCAGAGACAUUAUUGAGUCAGAUUCAGACGAUUAA